UGGCCAGGGCGCCCGGCCGCGCUCUCGGGGUAGCAUGGCCGUGAGCCCCGCCGCCGAGCCGCUGCCCCGCAGCAUCUUCAAGAAGUUCCUGGUGAUGCUCUGCUCCCUCCUCAUGUCCCUCUACGUCUUCUACUGCCUGGCCGACCGCUGCCAGACGCUGCCCGGACCCAUCAUCGCCGCCGGCGCCGCAUCCGAGGAGGAGGAGGGCGGCGGCGGGGAGUUGCUGGGCGGCUCUGCCGAGCUGCCCCCCUGGCAGGCGGCGUUGGCGCGGCGCAAGCGGCUCCUGCAGCGCCUCAAGCAGCGGCGGCGGCGGCAGGAGGAGCAGGAGGCGCCGGCCGGGGGCGGCGGGAGCCGGGCCGGGGGCUCGGGCGGCGGGGGCGGCCCUGCGGGCACGGCGGGCACAGCCAGCACGCUGGCCCUGCUGCUGGGCGAGGGCAGCAAGCGGCUGCCGCAGGCCAUCAUCAUCGGCGUGAAGAAGGGGGGGACGCGGGCGCUGCUGGAGUUCCUGCGGGUGCACCCCGACGUGCGCGCCGUCGGCGCCGAGCCCCACUUCUUCGACCGCAACUACGAGCGGGGACUCGCCUGGUACAGGGAGCUGAUGCCCAGGACCCUGGAGGGACAGAUCACCAUGGAGAAGACCCCCAGCUACUUCGUCACCAAGGAGGCCCCAGCCCGCAUCUCCUCCAUGUGCAGGGGCACCAGGCUCAUCGUGGUGGUGCGGGACCCCGUGACCAGAGCCAUCUCGGACUACACCCAGACACUCUCCAAGAAACCUGACAUCCCCAGCUUCGAGAGCCUGACCUUCAAAAACAGGACUACAGGCCUGAUUGACACCUCGUGGAGCGCCAUCCAGAUUGGCAUCUAUGCCAAGCACCUGGAGAACUGGCUCCUCCACUUCCCCAUCGGGCAGAUCCUCUUUGUCAGCGGGGAGAGGCUGAUCAGUGAUCCUGCAGGGGAGCUGGGCAGGGUCCAGGACUUUCUGGGCCUCAAGAGGAUCAUCACUGACAAACACUUCUACUUUAACAAAACCAAGGGCUUCCCGUGCCUGAAGAAGGCAGAGGGCAGCAGCAAACCCCACUGCCUGGGGAAGACGAAGGGCAGGACCCACCCUGACAUUGACCAGGAGGUGGUGCAGAGGCUGCGGGACUUCUACCGGCCCUUCAACAUGAAGUUCUACCAGAUGACAGGGCAGCACUUCGGCUGGGACUGAGCCUGGGAGAAAUAAUUUAAGAAAAGGAAAAUAUAAUAUAAUAUAUAUAUUUUUUUUACGUAUCAGUAGAGAGGGGGGAAAUACAGAAAAAAAAAAAAAAUAAUAGCUGUGCUGAAACAUGA